AUGUCCAGCGAGCGUCGCCCAGUCUUCUAUUUCAUCGGUGACUCAAUAACGGAGCAUGGCAGCGAUCCAAGUAGGAACGGAUUCAUCACAAUCUUGCAAAAUCACUAUGUCCGCUCCGUCGACUGUGUCAACCGCGGCCUUUCUGGCUACAACUCUAAAUGGGUACUAGAGCACGGAAUGCCCAUUUUUGCCGGGGAGCUGCAGAUCGAGUACUCAGCAUCCUUUGUCACAGUCUUUCUAGGAGCAAACGAUGCUGUGCUUGAGCACGGACCUGACAAGGCCCAGUACGUAUCGUUGCAAGAUUACCGGUCAAAUUUGAGAAAGAUCUUACACACGGUAAAGCCGCUAUUAGCCCCUAAUGGCCAAGUUCUUUUGAUCACUCCUCCGUGCAUUAUUGAUUCGGCGCGUCGUAACGACCGCAGCGAUGCGUCGGCUGGCAAGUACGCCAAAGUUUGUGUUGAUUUGGCUGCAGCAGAAAAUGUUCACGUUUUGGAUUUGCAUACAUACUUUAACACAACUUUCCCGGACGAAAGCGUUCGCAAAACUUUCUUUAUUGACGGUUUGCAUUUUUCCGAAAAGGGAAAUAAAGAAGUUGGCAAGCUUCUGGGAGUUGUCAUCAACGGUAUGUUCGGCAAGGAAAUGCUUGACAAGUUUAACAAGUGGCAGCUUCCUGACUGGCACGACUUCGUUCCUCACGAUAAUUGA